AUGGAUCGUUACCAAAACAGACAUAGUGGCAUAUCACAAAAUAUUCUAGCCGUAUAUGAUCAUAAUAUGAGAUUCAUUUAUGUUAGGGUAGAGUGGGAGGGUAGUGGCCAUGAUUCUAGGAUCUUACGUAAUUUUUUACUUGAUCCUAAUUGUGUCUUUCCAAUGCCACCAGCAGGCAAAUAUUUUAAGGUGGACGCGACAUACACAAAUAUGCCAAGAUUUAUGACUCCCUUUAGGGGUGCAUGGGGAACCCCACAAGAGCAGGCAGCAAAAGCACUUUUCAAUAGACGCCAUGCAUCGUUAAGAAAUAUUAUAGAACGCACAUUUGGUGUGUUGAAAAAGCAUUUUUCGAUGCUACAGGGGCCCAUGCAGAAAUAUUUGAUGGCAACACAAAACAACAUUAUCCUUGCUUGUUGUGCCUUGCACAACUUCAUGCGGGAUCAUGUUCCCAACGACGCAUAUUUUGUUGAAGAAGAAGCUGUUGGAGCACUAGGGCAACCAAAUCUUUGGGCCACAACCAGUCGAUAUGUCAACCGAGGAAUUGCUGACUGGAAUGAAGAUCGGAGAGCAAUAGCCGAUCACAUGUACUAUCACCAAUAUUAA